CCGGGGAGCCCCGCCCGAUCUGUUUCCUCGGUCCUGAGGGGGCCUGAGGGGGCCGAAAUGGGUCUGGCGGAAGUCGCGCUUGGUGGGGGGGUCCCCUCCUCAGCAAAACUUGUUGCAAACGAGGGCAAUAGUAGUAGUAGUAGUGAUCGCGGGACAAUUCGGAAGCGCUCCCGUCAGAGCAGGGGCGGCCCAUGCUUGGCGAAGCAAUCCGGCGCUUGGCCAUUUUUGGUUCUCCCCCUCCUUCAUGGAUGCAGCCCGCUUUGCCUCGUACUUUGCUUCAGGAAUUCAAAAAGGUUCUCCAUCGCCGAAAUGUUCUCCUUACUGCAUGCGUGGAGCAAGUUCUGCUGGUUGAACUUGCCAUCCAUUGCAUGUUCUUUCCCUCUCAGGACUAUGAUGCUUUUAACACGUGUGCAUGACAGGCCAGGAGGUUUUCCCCUGGCUGAAGUGCUCCAUGUUUGUGCGUGUGGCAAGUGUCAGCUGUUGAACGUGCCAUUUAAUUCUUUUUUUUCCAGAAUGAUUACGCCUUUUGAACGUUAGAAUUUAUGACAGGCAGGAGUUUAUCAGGCUUCCUGUCACUGAAGCAUUCCUUUGUGUGCUGGGAAGAACAAACUUCACCUCUUGAAUGUAGUGUCUUUUACAUCUUAAUUUCAAGACAGGGCUAGCUGUGCUUUGAACAGCUGCAGCACAAACUGAAAUGCAAAACGCUUAUUCAUAUCACUGAAGUUUCCUGGUGGAUUGGAGGAGUGUUACCCAUUGUAUCAGUGCCUGCCUUGGUGCUGUGUUAAAAGAGGAGGAGGUUGUCAUGGAAAAGCUGAUCCCUUCUCACAGUGCAAAUCAAUCGGAGUAAGAAGUUAAGGACUUGUUCCCUGCAAAUGAUGUAAAAAUCAAACCUUCAGAUUGAUUCAUUCAACUCUGUGUUUCACGGACAAAAAAGUUAAGAACAACCCAAUAUUGCCUUGUUUAUCGCACACUGCAGCACACUCGUCAGCCGGCCUCUUGGACUUAAUGUGCGCAAAUGGCAAAUGCUGAAGUAAGCAUCCCUGUAGGGGAUGUAGUCGUUGUGCCAACUGAAGGAAAUGAAGGAGGAAACCCAGAAGAUACCAAAACCCAGGUGAUCCUACAGCUGCAACCAGUACAGCAAGGGAUUUAUCAAGAAGGCUCCGAGACCAGUACGGCUGUGGUGGCUGUGGAAACACAUACGAUACACAAGCUUGAAGAAGGCAUUGAUCCCAGCACGAUUGAAACCAAUGAAGAAAUUGAGAUUGCCUAUCCUAUCACGUGUGGAGAGAGUAAAGCCAUUCUGCUCUGGAAGAAAUUUGUUUGCCCAGGGAUCAACGUCAAGUGUGUCAAGUUCAAUGAUCAGCUUAUCAGCCCAAAGCACUUUGUUCAUCUAGCUGGCAAAGCUACCCUGAAGGACUGGAAGCGAGCCAUUCGCCUGGGAGGAAUCAUGCUGAGAAAGAUGAUGGACUCAGGCCAAAUCGACUUUUACCAGCAUGACAAGGUUUGCACAAACACCUGUCGCAGUACCAAGUUUGACCUCCUGAUCAGCAGUGCCAGGGCACCAGUACCAGGCCAACAAAGCUUGGUGCAGACCCCCACCUCUGCUGACGGAAGCAUCACACAAAUUGCUGUGUCUGAGGAAAGUGUGGAGGAAGGGCUUGAAUGGAACCCUGCUGUGACAGCCGCAGUCACCAUGGCAACUGAAGAGGGAAUCAAGAAGGACCCAGAAGAGAUUUCAGAGGACACACUAAUGUUCUGGAAAGGAAUUGCUGAUGUGGGGUUGAUGGAAGAAGUUGUCUGCAACAUUCAGAAGGAGAUAGAAGAAGUGCUGAGAGGCGUUCAGCAGAGGCUUGGCCAGUCACCCUUCCAGAUUACUGAUGCAGCUGUCCUGAACAAUGUUGCUCAUACAUUUGGCCUGAUGGACACAGUCAAGAGAGUGCUGGACAACAGAAAGAGCCAGACGGAUCAGGGAGAAGAGCAGUUCCUCUAUACUCUGGCAGACCUGGACCGUCAGCUGGAGGAGCAGAAGAAACUUGCCAGGGAUCAAAAGAUAAAAGCUCAGACUGUCCAGAAUGUGGUUCUGAUGCCUGUCAGCAAUCCAAAGCCUCCUAAGAGGCCCCGGCUGCAGCGCCCAGCCUCUGCCACGGUCCUCAGCUCCUCAGCCCCCAUCCAGCAGCCUCAGUUCACUGUCAUUUCUCCUAUCACCAUUGCACCCAUGGGGCAGCAGUUCUCUGUUAGCAACAUUCCAGUGGCUACCAUCAGCCAGGGCUCUAGCCCAGUGACUGUCCAUACCCUGCCGUCAGGCUCACAGCUCUUCCGGUAUGCCACUGUGGUUUCUUCCUCCAAGACCAGCUCCUCUGACACAGUGACGCUUCAUCCUUCUUCUAGCCUGGCCCUGCUGAGUUCAGCAGCCAUGCAGGACAGUGGCACCCUUGCCAACGUGGCCACUGUCGUGAAUCCUGUGGAACUGGUGGCCAUGGAGUCUGGCCUGACCUCAACCAUCCAGGCUGUCGAGGGCACUUCAGAGGAUGGACAGACUAUUAUAGAAAUAGACCCAGCCCCUGACCCAGAAGCUGAGACAGAAGAAUCGGGGGCCAAAGCAGUGAUUCUGGGGACAGAGCUGAGGACUGAGGAGAAGGUGGUAGCCGAGGUUGAUGAACACCAGCAUCAGGUCCAUAAUGUAGAGAUCGUGGUCUUAGAGGACUAGACGAGAAGCCAGAUCAUAGUGUUGCUUGAUUAUCCAUCUUUGCAUUUUAUUGGUUUAUCUCCUCUUUAAACACAAACAGAAGUUUUCCUAGUAAGUUUGCAAGGAUCUCUCCCUCCCUCCCUCCCUCCCUCCCU